AUGCAGCUUUUGUGCAGCGAAAUUACCCUGCGGAGAGGGCUGGACCGCUGGAAGCGCCAGCUUGUCGCAGUCCUUCGAGAUGGCCAUUCGCUUCUGACGACGCUGAACGAAGGUGUGCUUCGCAGAGUUGGUGUGCCGAAGAGGAAGGCCAAGGAAGUGAUGAACGAUGUGGAGGACCUGCGACGCGGUGCCUGGGCGCAGCCGGAGCCGCCAAGGGAGGAGGUGCCAAUGCCCACUGUGGCCGAGCUGGGAAGCAAAGUGCGGCAAGGAUGGCAUCAUGUGCUGAAAGAUGAUGUGCUUCGUUCGUACGCAUCGAUGUGCCGCAGCGCUGUGCCGCAGGAUCUGGCAUGGCGAUGGUUUGAGCAGCUACGUACACAGCUGCCUUGGCAGGACCUGUGCGAUGAGCGCUAUCAGGGCGAGGGCAAGCAUAUCCCUCGUCGUACCAUCUUCACCGUGUUCAACGGAUGCAAUUGUGUUUACAAGUAUUCAGGAGUUGCCGUGAAGCCUACCAUUGAACCCGACUUUGUCGCAGAAAUUCGUAAGUAUUGUGUGGGCAUUUCUGGCCUCACGACGCAGCCAAACUGCUGCAACAUCAAUCUGUACAGAGAUGGACAUGAUUCCGUUGGGUGGCAUACAGAUGACGAGGAGCUUUUCGAGGGCGGGUACAAGGAUAUCACCAUUCUGAGUCUUUCACUAGGCGCGACUCGCACUUUCGAGGUGAAGAAGCAACCAGGCCCGAGCGCCAAAGGCAAAAGCCAUAAAGGACCUGCUGAAGCUUCUUUUGAAGUACGGCAUGGUGAUAUCUGCACUAUGGAGGGCAUGUUCCAGCGCUUCUUGGGCGGAAUUGGUCUGUGA